UUUAAAGCCGAGUUACAGUGGCCGAAAAAUAGAAAUUGCAUAUUGUGAAAAGUGUAGACGAUAGUUAAAAACAUAACGUAUGCAUUAGGAAACGGAAAAGUGUCGUGCGCGGCUUAAUAUAAUAAUGAUAACUCCUGUGUUGUUACCUUUACGCGCUUAGAUUUAUUGUGCGGCUGACGACGGGUCUCUCUGGCCAGAGCGGCGAAUCCCAUACAUUUAGAAAAGGCGAAUUCGUCAAAACCAAAAUACGCUACCCACUGUGCAACAUACUAGACAAAAAUUCAUGUUUUAUACCGUAUAAGCAUUCGAAUAAGACUCAUUGACCCCCAAAGAACAAUAUGGAAGAGAUAUCCAGCUUAGAUUCCUUCGGUGGCGAUUCCAACGCCCGACCAGACACGGAAACGCCAAAAAUGGAUGAGGAAAAUUCAAAAGAGAAAGCAUCUGCUAAGGAAGAUGCUCAGCCUGCCACACCUUCCACCUCCGACAAGGUCGUUGAAGAGGGUGAUGCUCCGGAGGAAGAGGAAGGCGAAAAAGCAGUUGAGGCUGAUAAGGGCGGCGGUGGUGGCGAUGAAGAUUUUGAACAGAUAUCUGAGGGCUCCUUAGAAAUGGAUGAACAGUCACAGGACGCUAAGGCGGAAACUCAGGAAGAAGAAAAGUCAACAAGCAGAGAGGACGACCUUGAAAAUGACAACAAAGAAACAGCUGGUAAUGAGAGCGCGGAAAAUAUUCCAGAACCAGAUGUACAGCCAGAAGGAAGGGAUGCUGAUGGAGAUAUCGACGAAGAAGAGGAAGUUGAGCAUGCCAUCGAUGCAAUGAACAACUCAAAGAACAGUAACUUGGACGAAGGCGCUGAAGUAGAUGCUCUUGGACAAUCAGAUAUUUUCGAUAACGAAAAUGGUGAUGCGGUCGAUGGCGCGCCGGCAUCCAGUGAAGCGAUGGAUGUGGAUGAAGCCGAAGGCUCAAAAGACCCAGUGGAUGAAAGUGUUGAUGACGCCGCCGACGUGGAGAUGCGUUCGCUAGGUGGAGAGUCACCGCGCGCCGACGAUGAUAGUGGAAAAAAGGAUGUGGUUGAUAACGAAGCUCAGUCCGAAGGUCACGAUGAAGUUGAUGGAAGUGUCGGUGAGCCGGAAGACGAACCUGCUGACGAUAAUGAAAAGGAUGCAGAAGAUACAAUACGUGGAGACGAUGAUGCGGAAGCAGAACCAGUAGAAGAUGGGGAAACAGGAACAGUAGAAGAUGCGGAAGCAGAACCAGUAGAAGAUGCAGAAGCAGAACCAGUAGAAGAUGUGGAAGCAGAACCAGUAGAAGAUGCGGAAGCAGAACCAGUAGAAGAUGCGACAGAGGGCGCAACAGAAGGUGUUCCAGACGAUACGCCAGAAGAUGCGGCAGAAGAUGCGCCUGAUGCAGAGCAUGGUGAUGAUACUGUGGAGAACGUUCUCGAGCCAGAGGAAUCGGAUGUAUGUCUCAUACCUGAUGACCCUGAAACUGAGGUAACCGAAGCCGAAAAGGAAAUUGCACGUGAAAAUGCCGAAAAAGCUGCUGAAGAAGAAGAGGCGGCAGAGCAGAGUCAGGCGGCUGCGAAAUCGCCAGAUAAUGAACUAGGGGCUAUUGCCCAAACGGAAACUAGUGCAGACAACGAGGACGCAAACGAAUCGUCAACAGCAGAAGGUGCUGAAACAAAUGAUGCUCAAGCUAUUAAUGAAGCUGGAGCUGAUGUGGCAGAAUGUGCCGAAGAAACUGAAACGCAAAACGAUGUCGGUGGAGAUAUGCCUGAAAACGAAGAACCCACGGCAGAGGAAGCGGCUGGCACAUCUGCAGGCGAGGUCGGCGUCACCACAAAGACGAUCAUUGGUUGGAUUGUGCCCAGUCUACAAAAAUGUCGUCAAUGUGGUGAGGACAAAAUCUGUGGUUUUCGGUACAAAAAAUCUGACGCAGAAACGGCAGAAACAGCCGAAGAUGCGGAAGAUGAACCUCAACCAGCAACCACACAAGAAUACCUUUGCGAACAGGCAUGUUGCGAUGCAUUGCUCAGUGAGGUGCCGGGAAAAUUUUUCGUGCGGCGCAAGAAAUUUUUGGUCGAGGAGGUAAGCAAUGAAGAUGUGAGCAGCGAAACAUCAGCACAUACGCCUACCACAACGGAGGGCGAGGACACCGAGCAGGCAGCUGAUAAGGAAGCUGACACAGAAAACGCACACAAGAAAUCUUGCAUACACUGCAAGGAACAGAAAAAGUGUAAAUACUUCCUGAAGCAGGACCAGGAGACGUUUUACAUAUGCAAUGACGACUGUUUCAACUUGCUGAGCGCAGAGGAGCCAGACAAGUACAAAUUGAAGCGUCAUUCCAUAAGAGUACGGAACAUUGGAGCUACUACGAUACGAUCGCCCACCAAGAAACCAGAGUCGGUCAGUGUCCUAGCGCGUACUAAUGCCGAAGCGGACGCAGCGCGUCUGGAUCGCAUGGAGAGUUUUCGACGACGCUGUGCCGACUGCUUGACAGACAUUAUUGUGGGUGAAAAGCUGUUGGUUUGGGAGACUAUGGAUUUUUGCAAUGAGAUUUGCUUAGGCAGCUAUCAGCGAAGAAUUGGUUCCAAAUGUGAAACAUGUAAGCAGGAAGUUAGCUCUACAGCUCUGGGAAAGUACUGUGUACGCUUUGGAUUUGAUGUGAGGCAAUUCUGUUGCGCCGGAUGUUUGAACACCUACAAGAAGGGUCUGAAGACGUGCUCCUGCUGCCAGAAGGAUAUCAGCAGCGGGCAGGAGGGUUUUCUGGCACCUGUUGGCGACAAAGAUCAGUUCAAGGACUUCUGUUCACAAGUUUGUCUUCGUCGCUACGACAACAUGUGCAAUCCCAAAAAGAAAUUACGCACAGACAUUUGCGGCGUGUGCAACCAUGAGAAGCCCGUGCGCGUCGAAAUGCUGCUUGACGACAAGGAGCAUUACUUCUGUUCGAAUCCCUGUUUCUCAGCCUUCAAGUUUGUAAGCAACGUCAAUGCAGAUCCCUGCUCCAUGUGCUGCAAAUACUUUGAGCGCAAGAGCUUAGAUGCCCACACCAUAUACGCGGAUCAGCAAUCGCCUAAAAUGUUUUGUUCUCGCAUUUGUAUAAAUGUGUACAUCAUUAACAAUCGCCACAUUGUCUCCUGCCAAUGGUGCAAGGUCAAGAAGUACAAUUUCGAUAUGAUCAGCAAGGUGCAGGGAGAGCAAGAGACGCUCACAUGUUCUAUCAAUUGUCUGACCAUGCAUGGUGUUUCCUGCAAUAUUUCGGCACGUGCUGUCACCAAAUGCGACAACUGCAGCAACACCGGCACCCCACAAUAUCAUCUUACCAUGUCGGAUGCGUCCAUACGAAACUUCUGCACAUAUCAGUGUGUGAUGCAGUUCCAAAAUCAAUUUGCCCGUGCGCCACUCACACUCGAAAGCGACUUACCGUCCACCAGCAGCAAGACACAGCAAUCGGCGUCUCCGUCGUCAUCAGUUUCCGCAGGCAGUAAGAAUGCAGCGCCAUUUCCCACAGGUCUGCCCAAGCGCGUCAAGUUGAAACUUUCCCAACAGACGAGUGUCGCGAAAAACAACGUCAUGAAUAAGAAUAAGUCAAGUAGUGGCACAGUGGUACCCGUUAUUUCGACUGUAACAUCGCUGGCCAGCGGCGAGACUCAGGCUCGUAUUGGCAAUGUUACCGUAUCACGUCGAGGUCGAGGUCGUGGUCGACCAAGGUUAACAUCGCCUCCGUCGUUGUUGGUGCCACGUAGCGUGCCCCCGCCACCAAGUACAGCGCCGGUGGGACGCGGGCGUCCCCGCAAGCAUGUAGAUUACAGCAUGGGACGUUCACCCUCACCACCUUCCGUUGCACCGACGAUGCCCUCGCGUCGCAACACAACAACCGGCAAUGACUUUCAUCAGUCAACUAUGUCGGAAACAAAGAUCAUAACCGUGCCACCUUAUCCAAAAGCUGUACGCAACGUAGUUGUCAGCUGUAAGCCCAUGAUGGUGUCGACUGGAGAGCAAAUCACGCCUUCGGUACGGGACUGUGCCACUCAGACCGAGAAGGAUUAUUCGAACAAGGUGUUGAUACCUGUGCCCGUUCCAAUAUAUCUACCGCAACCUAUGUAUAUGUACUCGGCACCAUUUCCUGUGCCAGUGCCAAUUCCGUUGCCCAUUCCUGUCCCAAUUUUCAUACCAACAACACGCAAUACUGCAGCAGGUAUUCUGAAAGAAAUCAAGAAGAUACAGGACAAAAUGCCCGAGGAUCCGCUUGAGGCGGAGCUGCUCAUGAUGGCCGAAAUGGUUGCCGAGGAGAAACACGAAUCCGACUCUGAUUCGGAUAAUGAAAUAAAGCCGGAUCCAAGCCUGGUCAACCUGCAGUAUCAAAACAAUUUGCAACCACAACACCAACAGCAGCAGCAAGUGGUGGAUGUCAGUGGUGCUAGCCACAAUCCCUAUGGCGACGAUAUGCUGCAAAUCGCUUUGAAAAUGGCUACCGGCGACUAUGAGCAGCAUCAUCAGACAACAACUGUCGACCUGGAGACAACAAUGACGGCUAAUACGAUUUCCAAUCAGUCACCCGGCAUGGUGGGGCAUGACUCUAUGGGCCAAAUGGGUGUACAUCAUCUAGAUCAACAGCAUCACAUGCUAGAUGCUUCACAGAGAUCACCGCGAGGUCGCAAACGAGGUAAUGCUGCCCUCAUUGACACCACGGCCCGUAACAAUCGAUCGCCUGUGAAACGGCAACGGGGCAACGAGCUGGACCACUCAGCCCUGCAGCAACAGUCAGUGCAACAACAGCAACAGGAGAAGCCAGAUGCGCAGAUGUUCCUCAAAUACACGUUCGGUGUGAAUGCCUGGAAGCAAUGGGUAAUGACCAAGAAUGCGGACAUCGAGAAGAGUUCUGUACGCCGGCGUCCAUUCAAAACGGAGCUGUUACAAAUGACCGCCGACGAGUUGAACUAUUCGCUCUGCCUAUUCGUGAAGGAAGUGCGGAAACCGAAUGGCACGGAAUAUGCACCAGAUACUAUAUACUAUUUGGUGUUGGGCAUACAGCAAUAUCUCUAUGUGAACGGAAGGAUCGACAACAUAUUCUACGAUCCCUACUAUGAACGCUUCACGGAGUGCCUCGAUGAAGUGGCACGUAAAUUCUCAGUGCUCUACAACGAUUCACAGUACAUAGUCACACGUGUCGAGGAGGAGCAUCUGUGGGAAUGCAAGCAACUGGGCGCCCAUUCGCCGCAUGUUUUGCUCAGUACGCUGAUGUUCUUCAACACAAAGCAUUUCAAUUUGACUACUGUGGAAGAGCACAUGCAAUUAUCCUUUUCGCACAUUAUGAAGCAUUGGAAGCGUUCAUCACAAAACUCGAAGGUUCCAGGCACACGAAAUGUGCUCUUACGUUUCUAUCCACCUCAAGCGGGCCUUGAUGCGAAUCCACGCAAGAAGAAGGUCUAUGAGCAGCAAGAGAAUGAGGAGAAUCCGUUGCGCUGUCCUGUGCGUCUAUAUGAAUUUUAUCUCUCAAAAUGUCCGGAGAGCGUAAAGACCCGCAAUGAUGUCUUCUACCUUCAACCGGAGCGCUCCUGUGUGCCCGAUUCACCCGUUUGGUACUCAACGCAAGCGCUCAGUCAAGAUGCUCUGCAACGAAUGUUGCAUCGAGUUAAGAUGGUUAAGGAAAUCAACAUAGCGCUAUUAACGACUUAAUGUUUUAUGUUCGCAAGAUAUAUUAUAUAUGUAUGUGCAACACUCUAAUUUUUAACAUUCAUCGUGUACACACUAAUCUGGAAUUCGGUGCUUAGCACAAAUGGCUUUCGCGCAAAUCAUCCUCUGAUCGAUCGAUCGAUCACCCAAUCAAGACCCUGUACCCUUUUGCGCACAGACAAUUGUAAAAUUAUACAUACACAUUGUUUUUCUGUAUCGUAUCCAUCUUUGAUAGAAUUUUUUGUAAACUUUUGCAUUGGAGGGAUUGGAAGACAAAAACCGAUUUCUAAAAUAGCAAAUCUAUGCCAAUUUAUUUGAAA